AUACUGUAUUUUCCCUAUACUGUAUUUUCCUUAUACUGUAUUUCCCUAUACUGUAUUUCCCUAUACUGUAUUUUCCCUAUACUGUAUUUUACCAUACUGUAUUUUCACAUACUGUAUUUUCACAUAGUGUAUUUCCCUAUACUAUAUUUCCCCAUACUGUAUUUCCCUAUACUGUAUAUUCCUUAUACUGUAUAUUCCCCAUACUGUAUUUUCCCCAUACUGUCUUUGACUUAUACUGUAUUUUCCUAUACUAAAUAUUCUCCAUUUUCCCUAUACUGUAUAAUCCCCAUGCUGUAUUUGCCUUAUACUGUAUUUUCCUUAUGCUGUAUUUUCCCCAUACUGUAUUUUCCCCAUACUGUAUUUUCCCCAUACUGUAUUUUCCCUAUACAGUAUUUUCCUUAUACUGUAUUUUUCCUAUACAGUAUUUUCCCUAUACUGUAUUUUCCCUAUACUGUAUUUUCCCCAUACUGUAUUUUCACAUACUGUAUUUUCACAUAG